AUGAAAGGAGUAGCAAAGAAACAAAUGAGAACCUCAAGAUCGGUUGAUAAUAAAGCAUUGGAGCAAAGGGCCGUAUCGGAGUCUGCCACACGGGAAGAGGGCUCUGUUAGUUAUGUCUGCCAAUCAGCAGAUGUCAUCAGACUCAGUUUCUCACGUUUCUUCUCUAUGCCCGCUUGUGCCGAUACUUUUGAGGCAUCACAAACAAACCCAAAAUAA